GCAGCUUCAAACAAAUCCAUAGGAAACCUAAUUGCUACAGAGGAUCACACCUAAACUCUAGUUCUAUGAAUGCUGGGGAUGAACAAUCAAUAUAUCCGUCGGGAAGUCUUUUGCUGUGAAACUUGUCAUGAGCUCAAAAGUUUCUGGGAAAAAGAAAUUAGCAAACAGACUUGUUACAGGGAACUGGAGGAAGAUCGUCAGGGAAGGAGCGCCCUGAGAAAGCUCAGGGAAGAAUGGAAACAGAGACUGGAGAAAAGGAUGCAGAUGCUGGACAAUCCUAAUGAUAAGAAAAAGCAGGCAAGCACAGUGGGCUGAGACCCUCCAGCUUCAACCACUUCAUUUUUUAAAAAAAAUAUUUAUUUUUUUUUUCAGCUUCAGCAACUUCAAAGAUAACAAGCCACCAUAGGCACUCUUCUAGGAGAAAAAUCUAACACCCAACCUAUGUUGAUUUACUAAGCAGGACACUCUCUAUUUGCUUUCCCAUUUGUAAGGGAUUUAUGUGUGAAAUCUCCCCCAGUGCUAAUGGGAGUCAUUAUCCAACUCAAUCCCCUCUGCACAGGACAGAGUGACAGCCAAUGUGAAAGGGAAGCUCAGGUUAUCUAAUAUAAAAAGCUCUUAGAAUUAACACUCCCCAAGUGUCAAAGAUCCAUGUAGUGUAAUUUAUUUCCACAAUUUCUUUUCAUUUUUAAAUCUGAAUAUUGUAUCUAAGCUUACCAAAGGCAAUGACCUAGGUGGGAAUUUGGCUUCCCUAGAUCUUCUGGAAAAACAGAGUCAAUCUUUUCUUCCCGUAUCUGCUUUUUGGUGAAUAAAAUGCAAAUACUUUAAAAAAUAAAGCUAUUAUUAUAAAAAGAAUAAUUUAACAAUACAUUUGA